AUGGCGACAAGCUACCUGGGCCUCGGGCUUCAUACUUCGUCGACCACGUUUGCAGGCCCUGCGGCGUUUCUGGCCUGGAACUGGUUCUACGCAUACUGCGUAUUGGCGAGCCGCACGCUGAAACAGUGGCACGGAAUCGACCACAACGGGAACCCACGCCAGGAUAUCAACAAGUAUGGUGCCGCCGCCAUCCGCGAGGGCAAAUUGACCCAAGCCCAGCUCGAGCAGAUCCAACGCAUGGAGGCCGCCAGCGCAAAUUCGGUUGAGGGGUACACAUUCUUCGCCGCCUCCGUUCUCUUAGCCCUUGUUGCGAACGUCCCUCGACCCACAUUGACCGCUGCCUGCACCACAUACACGAUUGCCCGGCUGGUGUACGGAGCAGUCUACGUGCUUAUUCCGCAUGAUCUUUACAGUCAGUUGCGCGGAAUCGCCUGGUGGACGGGAAAUACGAGUUGCUUGUUUCUGCUCUGGAAGGCUGCGCGCUCUUCAGUCCUGAGUGCGUGA